GCCCCGGGCGCUGCCUCCGCGAGGUGAAGAUGGCGGCGUUGGUAACGGUUACCGGUGGAUUAUUGCUCCUGCAGCUUGUCCAGGCCAUCGGAGGCGGCGGUACAGCCGCCGAGCUGCCCAGCCGCCGCUUCGAGUACAAAUACAGCUUUAAGGGGCCGCACCUGGUACACAGCGACGGCAGUAUCCCCUUCUGGACACACACGGGCAAUGCAAUCCCAAGUGCCGAUCAAAUUCGUAUAACACCAUCACUGAAAAGCCAGAAGGGAUCUGUUUGGACAAAAAACAAAUUUAGCUUUGAAAACUGGGAAAUUGAAGUUACUUUCCGAGUGACAGGGAGAGGACGGGUUGGAGCUGAUGGGCUGGCAAUCUGGUACACUGUAGAUCAAGGAUUGGAUGGCCCAGUUUUUGGAGCAGCUGAUUCAUGGAAUGGUGUUGGUAUUUUCUUUGACUCCUUUGACAAUGAUGGAAAGAAGAAUAACCCAGUAAUACUUGUCAUCGGAAACAAUGGGCAAUAUCUUUAUGAUCAUCAGAACGAUGGUGCAACACAAGCAUUGGGCUCUUGCCUGAGAGACUUUAGGAACAAGCCUUACCCUGUGAGAGCUAGGAUAAUCUACUACAGAAAAACACUGACUGUUAUGCUACAUAAUGGCUUUACUCCGAAUAAUGACGAUUAUGAACUUUGUGCCAGAGUAGAAAAUAUGAUGCUUCCAUCUGAGGGUUAUUUUGGAAUCUCUGCAGCAACUGGAGGUCUUGCAGAUGACCAUGAUGUCUUGUCUUUCCUGACAUUCAGACUUUUGGAACCUGGCAGACCAGUGGAGCCUGCCGAUUCAACAAUUCCCCAAGAAGAGAAAGAGAAAUAUCGGGAGGAGUAUGAAAAUUUCCAACAAGCACUUGAUAAAAAGAAAGAAGAGUUCCAAAAAGAUCACCCCGAUGUGCAAGGAGAAACAGCUGAUUUGUUUGAAACAGUGAAUGAGCGAGAAUUGAGACAAAUCUUUGAAGGUCAGAAUCGCAUCCAUCUUGAAAUCAAACAGUUGAAUAGACAACUCAGCAUGAUUCUGGAUGAGCAAAGGAGGUAUGUCUCCCUAGUGACAGAGGAGAUGUCAAAGAGGGGGACUAAUACUGCACCACAAGCAGGACAACUCCCUCAAGGAGAACUUGACAAUAUUGUAAGAUACCAGCAAGAAGUGCUUAGGCAUGUUGGAGAAUUGAAGAAUUCUGUAACUAAUGCCCUGAAUCAAGCAGCUCAACUUCCAGGUGGAGCAACUGGUGGUUAUGAAACAAUUCAACAUUUCAAUGACAUUAAAGAAAACCUUCAUACUGUUAAAAGAGACCUUGCUGCAUUAGUACAGAGAAAUAUAAAUACUGAAAAGCCUAAAUGCCCAGAAUUGCCCCCAUUCCCAUCAUGUUUGACUACAACUCAUUUCUUCAUGUUUGUGGCAGUUCAAACCGUAUUGUUUAUUGGUUAUAUCAUGUAUCGGAGCCAGCAAGAAGCAGCUGCAAAGAAGUUCUUUUGACGUAAUUGUUCUUAGUUUUUACUUUGUUAGUGUCCUGGAAUGAAACAAAGGAAAACUGUAAAUGAUGGACUUUUUUUAAAAAAAAAAAAUAUUUUUCAAAAAACUUAAGUUAUUGUGGUAUGUUAUUUCAUUUUGAAAAUUGUAAAGGCUAUUUUGGGCAUAUGAAUUAUUUUUCUACAGCUAAAGCUGUGGAUAGUAAUUCUUUUUUCAAUUCUGCACUGUGGAGUUACGAAGUUACAGAAUUAAAUAAGACGGUUCACAUUGAGGAAACCUACACUUUAUAGGAAAAAAGCAAUAAUUAAGAUGCCGAUUUCUGUUCAUUUUGAAGAUUCCUCAGAUGAGUUAACAAGCACUGGAUAAAAAAGCAUAGGUGCCAAAAAGCAUUGUUUGAUUUACAAUUAUGUUGCAUCACUGUCUGUGCCUUAUAAUUUUUUUUAAAUGCCUCACAAUUAGCUUAUUGUAAGAAACCCAUUUUAACCUUUUUUCUGUAAUUUUUCUUCAAUCUAGAAUUUUUUUUCUUGUCCCUCACUAUAGGCUGCAGGAGAAAAUUAAACUGAAGCUUUUUUUUAAAAAUAUAUUUUUUAAUUUAUCUACAAUUUAUUCUUGCUUAAUUGACCUAAUGGUACUCUUACAUCUUUGCUGUUAGUGGCUUCUAAGAAAAUCGAUUUCCUCUUUUUUGUGUGUUAAAUGUUUUCCUCGCAACAAUUCAGUGCUUCAUAAAGCCUAAAUACUUUGGAAUUGAAUACAGCUCCUAUAGUAGGGAGGUACUUCUGACACAACUUUUUUUCUGUCCCUUCUAGAUGGGACACAGGAAAAAGAAGUUGAAAAGAUAUUUAAACAACAAAAGAUACCAAAAUUCUCCCCUCAUCUGUUGUCUCAAAUCUGCUUUUCAGUCUUAUUUCUAGUCAAUGUGGUUAGUGUUUCUUUGAACUUUCCUCUCUCUCGUUUCUUGUAAACUCCAGCUGUGUCAUCAUAUGUAGCCUUCCUCUGCCCUAUAUCUGCACUGUUUCGAAAUUCAGAUUUAUUACACUGUCGGCUGCUCUUAACUCAUUCUUUCCCAGCACCUAACUGAUAAUCUCAUUACCUAUGUGUCUUCCUUCCUAUAAUUUUGGUCUUUUAAAACAAGUAUCCUUACGAAGCAUUUAUUAAUGACAAUAGCAAGACAAUAAACUGUUCAAGAACUUA